CUUUACCACACGCCUUUGUUCGUCCAGAUUUGAAAGGCGCCUGUUCCUGACAAUCUCCUAUCCGCUUCAGCCUCCAAAUUCAGCUUCAAGGGCCUUUGAGGCCAGACUUCCCACAUCUCGUUGUUCCUUUCAUCUUUCUCUCUCUGCUUUCAGUCAUGGAAAGCAUCAAUACCAUCAGAUAUCGUCAAGCUGGUGGCGCAAUGCCGGCUCCAGUCAUCAUUCAGGACAAGUUUCCCCCUCUUACGUCGACGGGGGCCGCUCUCGUUGCUACGGCGUCGAUGAUGCUCUGCUUGACCACAUGCUGGACCAUCUUCCGCGUCUGGGCCCGGAAAAUCACGAAGAUUCCCUACUUGACCGAAGACUAUCUUUACUUCACAGCCCAGUUGCUAUUCUAUGGUGCGGCAGCAUGCUUCAUUCUAGUAGUAGGUGGCGCAGGCCAUGAUGUAUGGAACCUCAGUGACGAGCACAAGUACCACUACUUUCGAAUAUCGCUUGCCACGCAAGUCCUCUACGCCGCGGCCUUGGGCUUCGUCAAGCUCAGCAUCACUUGGAUGCUCCAGCGCAUAUUCUUUGGCCACUCAACGACCUUCAGGCUCUUCGCCUGGAUCGCCAUGGCUCUAUCGGUCUGCUGGGCUUUGUACACGGCUCUGAUAGGCUUCCUCAUCUGCCAGCCUGUACAGAUGGCGUGGGAUCCGAGUGUACAGGGAGCUUGCGGCAACCAUACCACGGCGUAUUCUGCGGUAGCAAUAUUCGAUAUCAUCACCGAUAUAAUUAUCGUCGGGCUCCCCAUCAAGUUUGUUGCCCAGCUGCAGGUUCGACGAGCGCACAAGAUUGCCCUGUAUGGAGUAUUCUGCGCUGGUUUCAUCACGGUUGUCUUCUCUUGUGUGCGACUCUACUAUGCUUACAACAUCGACUUCAUCAAUGUUACCAAAGGCUUCGCCAUAGCCAGCGUCAGCGGUGUCUUGCAAGCCGGCAUCGCUGUCAUGGUAGCAUCCAGCCCAAUGCUCCGUCCCGUCUUCGAUAGAACGGUAGGCCGAGUCCUGGGUCUCAGCCUACAAAGUCAAAGACGCGGCAAUGGCGCGACUUCGAACGCGACUGGCAAUGCCACUGGCAAUAGUAUAGCUGUUCUGCACAACAAACACAGCCCUCGAUCCGAUGGCUUCAAGCAGAUGUCGGAAAGCGAAGAGCAUCUGGCCUGGGAGUUGAGGAACAUGAAGUCCGCAGGAAGCCGGGAUAGCUACAACAUGGGGACUACGACGACUCGGGUUAAUGCGGAAAGGAGCUCAGAUGACAGUACGGGCGAAGAGCGAGGGGAUCUGGAUGGCCCACGGACUGGGAGGAUCAUGGUCACAAAAACAACCGUAGUCAGUCGCUAG